UGUAAGUCUGAGUUGAGGAUGGUUCGACUCAAAUGGAUCCUAAAACUUGAUUUAACAUAAAUUUAAUUAAAUAGAGUUGAUACAUCUUAUUGAGGUUCCUUUUCCCUAAGUAGUGUAAUUGAAAGUGUUAAUAUUAAUAAUAAGCAUUACAUAUAUGAUCAAUAAAUGUGGCCAAAAAGCCGCGACGGAGAGCGCGCCCGAAACGGCGAAACGUAUAGAAUAGCGCUCGAAGUAAAAAAUCCGCACCAAACAUUCGAAAAUUCCCGCCGUUUCUUUUAUUUACUCCCAAGUCCCACCCGUCGGCCGUCGGUCCUCCUCCUCUUCUUCCCGCUACUCUUUGAAGUCCCAUUUAAGAUACUCUCUUCUUCUUCUUCUUACUUUUCUUGCCCUUGGCUCGUAUUCUAUCUCUGCCUGCGCCAUGGCCAGGCUAGGAAGAGCCAAGAAACAAGACAAGCUGGGCACCGGAAAGGUGACUCCAAUGCAGAUUGCUUUCAUAGUGGAUCGCUACCUCGCCGACAACAACUAUUCCACGACUCUAUCCUCCUUCAGAUCUGAAGCCUCCGAUCUUCUUUCCAGAACGCAUGGAAAAGAGGUCCCGAAGGGGUUGAUGGGGUUGGCCGACAUACUUGACGAUUACAUCCGCCUCAAGGAACAGAGGUUGAUCAUGGAUCGAGAGAAGCAGAAGGUUGAGGCGGCAAUGAAGGGAAUGCAGGAUUUGAUUCAGGUUUACCACUCUGAGCCCGCGGAAGGAGCAUCUGUGCCUAUUGCAACGUCUCCACUACAGAUCAUGGCGUCUCCGGCGGUUCCAUUCCCUUGCGGAUUGAACCCCAUAAAUCCCACGCAUCUGAACAAUAUGAUGCAUAUUCCUUCUAUUAGCAACAAUUCAAAACCACUUUUGUUGCCACCCAAGGCUGUUGGUACUAGUUUUUCUACCCCAACAUAUACACAGUCCUCCACUGAAAAGAGGAAGGCGCCAAAAUCUAUUGCUCAAGAACACACUUCUCCAAAGAAGCUCCGCACUCAGUCACCUAAUGUCUCCAAUAUUGUACAAGGAUCUGGACUAAGCUCACAAGAAACUUCCACAAGCAAUAAUGCUAGACACAGCAAAGGGAAAAACCCACUUGCUCUUUCAACAUGUGAUGAUAAUUCAAAUAUUCAGCCUUCAGUUCAAGGUUCAUCUGUUGUAAAGAAAUUGUUCAGGCAUUCAGAGGGUUUUCAGCCCAUCGCUUCUUCUCCUAAGACUCCUCCUCAGGCACUUACCUCCCAAAUGGACAAAUCUCUUUCUCCUUUAGAAAAUUCAGCUGUAAACGCUGCUGAUACUAAUAGCUUCCCUAUUGUCUCCUCAUCUAGCUGUUCUUUGAUAUCUUCCGAAACAAUAAUUAUCAGCCCGCUUAAGCACAAAGGUUUCUAUGCUGUUGAAAGGAGUUAUCAGGUCACCUGUUCUCCCAUUAAAACAUGCUCAACUAAGCUUGGAAAGAGAGAGCAUGUUAAAAGUAGACUUGAUUUUGACAAGGCUGAUGCUUUCGAGAGCAUGGAAAAACCUUCUAAAGUUGAUAAUUCCACCUCUUCUCCUUCAGAUACGGAAACUUCUGCUGGUCUCGACUUUGACCUCCCUGAUUUUGGAAUUUUUGAUGGAGAUUUCUUAUCCGGACUUUUAGUCGACUUUGGUGAUCACAAUGAAGGCUUUUCUGGUUGCCAUAAUGAGAACGCUUGCAUCAUUGCUGGGCAGGAAGAAAGCGGGGGCUUUCAAAAUUUACCUGAUUACUCUAUAUCAGCAGCUGCUGGUGCUACUUCUGAAUGUAUAGGAUUUCAAGGUUACACAACAAUUCUUGAAGAAGUUCUGACUGUGUGAAUUCCGUCAAAAAGUAGCAACUUGAAUCAAGAUUUCAAUAACUAUUAAGAAGAGAGGGAGUUGCUCUAUUGUCAAUGGAGAUUAACACAGGCUAAAGCAUUGACAGCUUCUAAAUUCAAUAGUAAGACUGACUUAUGAAUUGUCGCCUCAAAAGUUGUAGCUUCAAACUAAUAUAUUUGUUAUAUAGGUUUAAUGCAGUUGAAUCCAGACAAUAGUAGAUCUUGCUAAAUAGCUCCCAUUGUUGCUUUUUUAAUUUAUUCCACUAUUUAUAUUAUUGAAUAUGCAUA